AUGGGGCUGCGUAUUAAGGGUAGCGGUCCUUCGUGUCCUUCUGGCGACUUUAAGUUUAGUAAGUUUAGUAAUGGUAUGUGCGACGGUCCUAAGCUAAAAGGUAAGUUUGCUGCUCAGCUACACCCGGAACGCAACCGCGGCUGCAUCGAAAGUAGCACAGAAGCAUAUAACGCCGGUACAAACCUUUGCGGAUUGAUCAAUGAUGCUCGCGUUAGUAGCGUACCACUUGUGAUUCCUCUAAAGGAUCAGCCUGAGCCUGUUUCAUUCAUGCAGGCACUAAGCGACACUGUAAAAGGCGCAUUGCUUCAACAUCUGGGAGAUCUAAAAUCAAAUGCUGAACAAGGAUAUCGCAACAUGAAGUACGCAGCGGAGGAUAAACUUGACGAGGCUGUGUCAGAUGUAAAUUAUAGAAUCUCUAACUUUACAAAUGAGCAGAAAGCAAAAGCCACUGUCGCCGCUCAAGAGUUGAGCGAUGCUGAUAAGCGCAAAGCAACAGAAGUUGGAAACGCCGUCAGCGAUGCUGCUAGCAAAGCAUAUGAUACCGUCGAUAAUGCUACUGGCAAUCGCAUCAGCAAGGGUAUCCGCGCUAUAGAUGAUGCUGCUACUACGAUAAACUCGCAUGUUGAAAAGCUAAGUAAUGAGCUGAUACCAGAUGAUGACUAUGAAGAAACGCUAAACCAUGUUGUAAGCGCUUAUCAAGAUCUAUCUCGUGAAGAACCAACGCCUCUACCAAAGCGGCAAGAGGUUAAGCCAAAGCAGCGCGGCGAUAUGUGGGAUCUAGACGACUUUAACAUUGAUGAUAUCCAUUAUUGCAAUCAAGAAUGA